GGUAAAUGACCCAUUGAGAGUAUAGUCAUGGACAAGCAAAAGGGAUUUGGAACAACCUUUAAUGACAAAGAAGCAAGCAUAUUCUCAGGAGAGGCAAAGGUCACGGGAGUUAAUAUCCCACCUAAAUACCUUAAUCUUGUCAAACCCAAUACAAAGAAAUCAAAAUCAAGGAAGCGAAACUUUAACUCUAAGACAACAACUAUAGUCAGAAAAGGCAGGAAUCUAUCAAAUUCAGUUAAAAAGAAGCAGAAUAGGAGCAUAAAGAGCUUCUUAAACUCGUUUCUAGCGGAUUCAGCACUCAAAAAUGAGUUAUCUCCUUUAAAAAAACAAAAUACUAGUGAACAGAUUGCGAAUAAGAAAUAGCAGCCAAGGGGUCUCUAUAGGGAGCGAUAGCAGGGUUUAUACUCCUGACGAGCUACAACAGAUGUACGAUGUCAGUCUAGUCAAGUAUAAACCGACUAAUAUAACCCCUAAUGUGGGUAAGAAUGGGAAGAAAGUGAAGAGAGGUGUCAAAACUUCAUACGGAAAUUAUACUAAAUUACGAUCCCAAACUUCCUUUAUUGCUAAUAACAAGCUCAAGCUGAGAAAAGGCCGUAAGAGUGUGGCUGGAAGUAAUAAACAGAGCUUCUACAUGAGCCCUAAGACAAUAGGGGGCUUUAAUAUGAUUAGUAAGAAAAGAAUCCGAAAACAGCCCCAUAAACUAAAAAUUUCCUCUAAUAAUAGUAAUAAAGCAUAUCGGAGAUUAAUAAAUAACAUGUCAAUGUUCUCACUUGAAUCUCUUAAUGGGGCGGUACAAGGAAAGACACUUAUGGGUCCAAAGCAAUUCCCUAAGAAGAUCGAGGGAGCAAAAAGGAGACGCAAAGGGAGUAACGCUAGCGGGUCUCGAAAUAAGUACAGAACAACCCAAUUUCAGUUGAAAAAAAGAAAUAGGUCCUCUUUGUCUCUGAUAGACAAUCGUAUUAUCGUCUCUCCUACUUCUUCAAGUAAUGGGAGAGAUAUCAUUGUGCCCAGAAUUGGUAGUCGGAAGGAAGAUAUUAAAAGCUUAACUAAGCUAGAUUCUUCUCAUGAUAAUCAGCUUAACAGUAAGAUUCAGUCAGCUCUCGGCUCGCCAAGCUGGGAUGUCAGAAAUUUUGGCAAACUUAGUAAUAAGAAGAAAUUCAAUGACUCAAUGGGCAAGUUAAGUGAAAGCUUUUCUGAAGAACUUAAGACACAGAUGAAUUCAGGAAAAUUAGAUAGCUCAAUGGUUCAUACCUUCAUGACAGAUUGAGAUAUUCUAGAGGAUGUUAUUACCAACCUACUCAAUGAUAUCGAAAAGGAUGAGAAACAACCUGAGAGCAAGAAGCAGAAGAAAUAGACUUGAAGUAAUCAGGUAUCUCUGUAAUGAAAUGAAUCAGAGAAGAGUCCAGAACUCUAUCUGCAAGCUCUUCGGAUAUAUUUCUCAGAUUUAUGAAUCCCAUAUUUCUACCCUAAGUGUAUCAAAAUUAUAUUACCUUGAAGCCCAAAACAAAAAGUUACAGCAGCUUCUGGAGCAAGAGAAGGAGGAUAAGAUUAAAAUCACAAAGAAUUUCACAUCUCAAUUGAGGGAAUUAAAUAAGAUGCAUAUUCAGAUCAUGGAACCUAAGGAAGGGAUCCUUGACUCGAUGAAUAUGGAUUCUGAGUACGAAGAAGAAGGCCCUUUUGUUAAGAACGGAAGUUAUACGGAUAAUGAAUAUCUUGGUCACUCACAUGGGCAAGAUACUAUAGGCUCGAUACACAAUAUUUUUGUAGACCCUACUUCUGAGGUAUUUCUGGAGGAGAGGAAGAGGGAGCUGGCGUUUAGAAAGCCCAGUUUUGUCCCUGAUCUUGAUUUUGAUCAGCUGAAUAGGCUAGAUUUAAAGAAAGCAGUGAGGUUAAAAGCUUUUGGAGUGAAUAAGAAGUUACUACAUCAGAGCAAAUCUCAGAAAAUUAACCAUGCUCAAAGUAAUAGAAUCCCUGGAGAGAGAAUAUCGUUCACUUUAGAAGGUUAUGAAAAUGACUCUGCCUCUGAAACUUGUGAAAAGGUUUCUAACUCAAUUGAGAUGGAGGAAAGGAAGAACCCAAAGUUCAAAUCUUCUAAGCUCCAUGCACAUUCACAUAUCAUGGUGAAGGAUGUACAUAAUGUAUCUUCAAAUCUAAACGAACACUCACAGCAUUUUAGUGGGAAUAUCAGUAAGAUUCAAAAUAGUUGAUUUGCUUCUUCAAGCGAAGCUACUAAAAAGGAAUUGGCCCUUCAAACUGUCUUUCACCAUUCCAGAGCUCAAAGUCAACAGUGAAGCACUUUAAAAAGUCUUCAAAUGCCGCUUUAUUUUAUAAGACCACCAAGUCCUAAGAUAAUUCACAAAUUCCUUAGAUGGAUCUUGAGAAUCUUGAGCGGCCAGAUUACCGUCAAGAAUUUGUGGACACUUGGCAAGAAUUUUAACUCAAUUUCUUAA